AUGAAGUUCUUCGGCGGCAGCAAGAAACCCUCUUCGUCGUCUUCUGCGUCCAAGAAGCACGCCUCCAGUCCCAACCUCGACGACCGUCACCACGACUCGCGGCAGCACCCUCAUUCGGAACCUCCCUCCCCCACCAAGCAGUCGACGUCGUCGUCCGCGUCGGCCACCCCGCGGUCGUCGCCCAAAAAAUCUUCGAGGCCCGCCUCGUACCGGGACUCGACCAGAGACCGCGACCCUGCCGCCUCCAAGUCCUCGUCGUCGCCGCGCAUCUCGAGGCUCUCCCGACACGCCACCGAGCCCACGUCGUCGUCGCGACGGAGCAGCAAGUUUGACUCGGACAUUCAUCCGUUGAACCUGCCGCCCGAGGAGCGCAAGCGCUUCUCCGCCCUCGCCAAUUCCGCAAUGAGCGGCAGCAACGCCAUGGACAUUGACCGGGAGCCGCCCGUCAACGGCAACGGCGCCGCACCCUCGUCUUCGUCGUCGCCGCCGCCGCCCGUUACCCCGAACCCUUCGGCCCAGGCAAAUUUCUCCGUGCCUAUUCCCAACGGCACCGCCCACGACGAAGCGCCCGCCCCGCCGCCGCACAAGUCCAACCCUUCCAGUCCCGUCCCCACGCCCAUGGAGGACGCCGAGGCUUACAAGGCCGCUGGCAACCGCUUCUUCAAGGAGAGAAUCUACAGCAAGGCCAUUGAGCAAUACACCAAGGCCGUCGACUUGUUCCCCGACUCACCAACCUUCCUCAGCAACCGCGCCGCCGCCUUCAUGUCCAAUGGUCAGUACGAGGCUGCCCUCGAGGACUGCUCCCACGCCGCCGAUGUCGAUCCGCAAAACUCAAAAAUUCUGCUGAGGCUGGCACGCAUCUACACAGGCCUCGGCCGGCCAGAGGAGGCCAUGACAACCUUUGGACGCAUCGACCCGCCGCCAUCUGCCAAGGACAUGGCACCCACUCGGGAGAUGCUCCACCAUGUGAACGCCGCCAAGAACAGCUUGCGCGAAGGUACGGCCGGGUCGAUGGUUCUGCACGCUUUGGACCAGGCCGAGCGUGGUCUCGGCCCCAGCGUCACCAAGCCUCGCAAGUGGCAGCUGAUGCGCGGCGAGGCGUACAUCGCCAUGGGACGCGAGAACUCGCUGGGUGAGGCACAGAACAUUGCCAUGUCGCUGCUGCGACACAACAACCAAGACCCCGAGGCUCUUGUCCUUCGUGGUCGUGUCCUUUACGGCCAAGGCGAUAACGAAAAGGCCAUACAGGCGUUUCGCAUGGCCAUCAACUGCGACCCUGACUUCCGUGACGCGGUCAAGUGGCUGAGGAUCGUCCAGAAGCUGGACCGCAUGAAGGAGGAGGGCAAUGUCGAGUUCAAGGCUGGCCGGCUACAGCCUGCUGUUGAGAAAUACACGGCCGCCCUGGACGUGGAUCCUUCCAACCGAGGUACCAACGCAAAGCUGUUGCAUAACCGGGCAGUGUGCAAGAUCAAGCUCAAGCAAUACGAUGACGCCAUUGCCGACGCCGACCGUGCCGUGACCCUGGACCCCAGCUAUACCAAGGCCAGGAAGACCAAGGCCAAUGCUCUGGGACAGGCGGGUAAGUGGGAAGAUGCCGUCAAGGAAUGGAAGGCGAUCCAGGAGCUCGACCCGGAGGACCGCUCCAUCCCCACCGAGGUGCGCAAGGCCGAGCUGGAACUCAAGAAGAGCCUGAGAAAGGACUACUACAAGAUCAUGGGCCUAGAGAAGGACUGUGAUGCCGACCAGAUCAAGAGGGCCUACCGCAAGAUGGCCGUCAAGCUCCACCCAGACAAGAACCCCAACGAUCCCGAGGCUGAGGCCAAGUUCAAGGAUAUGCAAGAAGCCUAUGAGUGCUUGAGCGACCCUCAAAAGAAGGCCGCUUACGAUAACGGCGACGAUCUGAUGGACCCUGCCGACAUGUUUGGCGGAGGUGGCGGCAUGGGCGGCGGCAUGGGUGGUAUCGACCCAGAGAUCCUCUUCAGCAUGAUGGGCAACCAAGGCGGCUUCGGAGGCGGUGGUUUCCGAGGCGCUGGUGGAUUCCCCGGAGGCGCUGGAGGCUUCCCUGGCGCCGCUGGCGGCUUCCCUGGAGGAGCCAGCUUCAACUUCAACACGGGUGGCGCCGGUCGUGCGCGCGGUGGCGGGUUUCCUUACCAAUGA